CAACAUUAAAGAAGCGCUGCCAACCUAAGCCAAGGCAGCGGCGGCAUUUUAGCAGCAGUUGGCAGCAUUGCUACGACGCUACACGUGCAUUUUGAAUAGCUGUGAAAACUAGAAAAAUACAUUUUUAAAAAUGUCGCUUUUACGCAUAAGAAAACCCAAAACUCGCAAAGGAAAGAAAGUUCUGCUGGCCCGCGAGCCACAGCUGAUUGAAGCCGCACGCAGCAUGUUGUUUGUGGAUGGCCGCAAAUGCGGUGGCAACGUCAGACUCUGCAUGAAGGAUCUGCAACAGCUAAAGAAACCACUUGUUAAGGUCUUGCACCGCAAGAACGAUAUCACUCCGUUCGACGAUCCCUCUUCUCUAGAAUUCUUGACAAUGAAAAACGACACAGCGCUCUUCACCUUUGGUUCCACGUCUAAAAAACGCCCAGAUAAUAUACUCAUUGGACGGAUCUUUGAGAACGAAGUGCUAGACAUGUUCGAGCUGGGCAUUAAGCGUUAUCAAGCCAUAGCCGAGUUCAAAAACGAAAAGAUUGGCUCCUGUGUUAAGCCGUGCCUGGUGUUCAAUGGUCCCAAAUGGGCACAAACCGAGGAGUUGCGUCGCCUGCGCAAUCUGUUCAUCGACAUGUUCCAACGCGAAAAGGUCGACUCCAUUCGCCUGCAGGGCGUGGAGCAUGUGCUCAGUUUCACCGUCACCGAUGACAUGAAUGUGCUAAUGCGUUCGUAUAAGAUCUUGUUGAAAAAAUCGGGUCAAAAGACGCCACGCAUUGAAUUGGAAGAGAUUGGACCAUCUGCUGACUUCUCUAUCCGUCGCACCAAGAUUGCCUCAGAGGAUUUGUACAAAUUGUCACGCAAGCAGCCCAAGCAACUGAAGGUUACCAAAAAGAAGAACAUCAGCACCGAUGCUCUGGGCAACACGAAGGGUCGUGUGCAUCUGGGCAAGCAGCAGACGGGUUCGAUUCAGACGCGUCGCGUCAAAGCGCUGAAGAAGACGCCCGAAGAGAAGCGCAGUGAUCGCCAAAAGAAGAAGGUGGCACUCAAAGCGGCUGCAGCUGAAGCUUUGGCAGCCGAGUAAAGAGAACAAUAACAACUAUAGAUUUCUAGUUUAGUUUGAUAGUUUGUAAUAAAUUGGUCCAGCUUAAAAUACAUAAUAUACAUUUAGUUAA